GCAUCCAUGGACACGGAACCCCAUUCCUUGAUCCUGCUCGCUCGCUCCUCUGUGACACUCCCAACUAUUUCGUUCCAUUAAUUAGUUUUCUUCAGUUUCUUUUCUCCACAGAUUAUAAACAUAUUCAUAGCUUUUUCUUCAAGAUUACGUGAAUCGCUGUUUCAAGCCAGAUUCAACCAUUUAUCUCUCCCUCCCAACGCUACUCUUUCUUCCAAAUUCUUCUCUUCUUUCUUCCGAACCUUUCUUACACUCUUCAAUCAACCAAAACCCAAUACUCGGUUUCUUCCACUUCGACGUUUCUAUGGCUUCCCUCAACCCAAUUUCUCCCUCACAGUCUCUCUUCAAUAAAAUCCAUUUCAGGGCGCCCGCUUCUGUGGCACCCACUUCCUUUGCGAGCGCCAGCUCCAAUUUGGAGUCCAAUUUCUUCUCCAAAAGGCCUCCCUCUGCCGUCCGCUUUCGGAACCCUGCUGGGAUUUCCACUGUUCGGAUGAAGACCCUCCCCCUGGUCUCGGCCACCACGGCCGAGAAGCCGAAGAAGAGGUACCCUGGUGAGGCCAAAGGGUUUGUGGAGGAGAUGAGGUUCGUGGCCAUGAAAUUGCACACCAGGGAUCAAGCCAAAGAAGGCGAGAAGGAGACUAAGGAGCCCCAAGAGGGGCCCGUCGCCAAAUGGGAGCCCUCUGUUGACGGGUAUCUCAGGUUCCUUGUGGAUAACAAACUGGUUUACGAUACACUGGAUAGAAUCAUUGCCAAGGCAGCUUUUCCGUCCUAUGCAGAGUUUAGUAACACAGGAUUGGAAAGGUCUAAACCAUUGGCAAAAGAUUUGGGGUGGUUCAAAGAGCAAGGAUAUGCCAUUCCAGAACCUUCUUCUCCUGGCAUCACCUACGCUCGUUAUCUUGAAGAGUUAUCAGAAAACGAUCCUCAAGCAUUUAUUUGCCAUUUCUAUAAUAUAUACUUUGCCCACACUGCCGGUGGUCGGAUGAUUGGGAGAAAGGUGGCAGAAAAGAUACUCAAUAACAAGGAGUUGGAAUUUUAUAAAUGGGAUGGCGACCUUUCUCAAUUGUUGCAGAAUGUGAGAGAGAAGCUGAACAAAGUCGCCGAAAGCUGGAGUAGGGAGGAGAAGAACCAUUGCCUGGAGGAAACCGAGAAAUCUUUCAAGUACUCGGGAGAUAUUCUCCGUUUGAUAUUGUCAUAACGACAAUGACUAUAAGGAUGAUGAUGUCGAUGCUUGUCUUUCAAUUCGUAUAAUUUUCUUUGUACAGUUCUUAUGGGUUAUCCCCUCCAUCUCUGUCCAAGCUUGAAUUCUUGGAUCUCCCUUUGUUGAAACUUCAACUUUUAUUCAAGGAUUAGAAUUAUCGGUUUGUAAACUCUGGAAGUUGUCCUGAAUGGGAUAUUCAAGUGUAUUAUCACAGGAAACAAUAUGGCUAUCUUUCGACAGGAUUGUUUAUGAUUUAUUUUUGUUGGAUCAAAAGAGGGGUGAGGAGGAUUGAAUUUC